AUGGACAAACAAUUGAAAUUUGAAACAGGAGAAUCAAUUGAAUUUGAGUCAUAUAUUAUUCCUGACGAUUUAUUAGAAGAAGGACAACUUAGAUUAUUAGAUACUGAUACUUCUAUUGUUGUACCUGUUGAUACACACAUUAGAUUUGUUGUUACAGCUAACGAUGUUAUUCACUGUUUUACAAUACCUUCAUUAGGUAUUAAAAUUGAUGCUACACCUGGUCGUUUAAACCAAGUAAGUGCAUUAAUACAACGUACCGGUGUAUAUUACGGUCAGUGUAGUGAAUUGUGUGGUAUCAAUCAUAGCCUUAUGCCUAUCAAGCUAGAAUGUGUUUCAAUUAGUGAUUUCAUUGAAUGA